UCUCUUAACGUCAAUUCAAUUCAAACAAGCAAAGUAACAACAUCGCUAAGCAAAAGCUGAGCAAACCAAAACAAACGCGGCUGAUAAAGCUAAACUAAACUGCAAUCAAUUGCAAAUUAAAAUAAUCUACUAAAUAUCUACUCAAGCUGUUAUUACUGAAAACAGGAACAAGCUGAGAACUCCAAUUUACCAUUUACCCAUUACCAAGUAAGAAGCAAACACACAAUGCCAGCUAUUGGAAUCGAUCUGGGCACCACGUACUCCUGCGUGGGCGUCUACCAACAUGGCAAGGUGGAGAUCAUCGCCAACGACCAGGGAAACCGCACCACCCCGUCCUACGUGGCCUUCACAGACUCGGAGCGCCUCAUCGGCGAUCCCGCAAAGAACCAGGUGGCCAUGAAUCCCAGGAACACGGUGUUCGACGCCAAGCGCCUCAUCGGGCGCAAGUACGACGACCCCAAAAUCGCAGAGGACAUGAAGCACUGGCCCUUCAAGGUGGUCAGCGACGGCGGAAAGCCCAAGAUCGGGGUGGAGUUCAAGGGCGAGGCCAAGCGGUUCGCCCCCGAGGAAAUCAGCUCGAUGGUGCUGACUAAGAUGAAGGAGACGGCGGAGGCGUAUCUGGGCGAGAGCAUCACGGACGCCGUGAUUACAGUGCCUGCCUACUUCAACGACUCCCAGCGCCAGGCCACCAAGGAUGCCGGCCACAUCGCAGGUCUGAACGUGCUCCGCAUCAUAAAUGAGCCCACGGCUGCUGCACUGGCCUACGGACUGGACAAAAACCUCAAGGGGGAGCGCAACGUACUCAUCUUCGACCUGGGCGGUGGCACCUUCGACGUCUCCAUCCUGACCAUCGACGAGGGAUCGCUGUUCGAGGUGCGCUCCACUGCCGGAGACACCCAUUUGGGCGGCGAGGAUUUUGACAACCGGCUAGUCACCCACCUGGCUGAGGAGUUCAAGCGCAAGUUCAAAAAGGACCUGCGCUCCAACCCCCGCGCCUUACGACGACUGAGGACGGCGGCCGAACGAGCCAAGCGCACGCUCUCCUCCAGCACGGAGGCAACCAUUGAGAUCGACGCCUUGUUUGAGGGCCACGAUUUUUACACCAAGGUGAGCCGCGCCAGGUUCGAGGAGCUGUGCGCAGACCUUUUCCGCAACACCCUGCAGCCCGUGGAGAAGGCCCUCAACGACGCCAGAAUGGACAAGGGCAAGAUCCACGACAUUGUGCUUGUAGGCGGAUCCACGCGCAUUCCCAAGGUGCAGAGCCUGCUGCAGGAGUUCUUCCACGGCAAGAGCCUCAACCUAUCCAUUAACCCGGACGAGGCGGUAGCCUACGGAGCGGCAGUUCAGGCAGCAAUCCUCAGCGGAGAUCAGAGCGGCAAAAUCCAGGACGUGCUGCUGGUGGACGUGGCUCCGCUGUCACUCGGUAUAGAGACCGCUGGCGGGGUGAUGACCAAGCUAAUCGAGCGCAACUGCCGCAUCCCGUGCAAGCAGACCAAGACGUUCUCGACGUACUCGGACAACCAGCCCGGAGUCUCUAUUCAGGUGUUCGAGGGAGAACGGGCGAUGACCAAGGACAACAAUGCACUGGGCACCUUUGAUCUGUCCGGCAUUCCACCAGCGCCAAGAGGCGUGCCCCAGAUAGAGGUCACCUUCGACAUGGACGCCAAUGGAAUCCUGAACGUCGCAGCCAAGGAGAUGAGCACGGGCAAGGCCAAGAACAUCACCAUCAAAAACGACAAGGGACGCCUUUCGCAGGCCGAGAUUGACCGCAUGGUGAACGAGUCUGAGAAGUACGCCGAUGAAGACGAGAAACAGCGCCAGCGCAUAACCUCUCGAAAUGCCCUGGAGAGUUACGUCUUCAACGUAAAGCAGGCGGUGGAGCAGGCAGCCGCUGGCAAACUAAACGAGGCCGACAAGAGCUCUGUCCUAGAAAAGUGCAACGAAAUUAUCCGGUGGCUGGACAACAAUACCACCGCUGAGAAGGAGGAGUUCGAUCACAAACUGGAGGACCUCACCCGCCACUGUUCUCCCAUCAUGACAAAGAUGCAUCAGCAGGCAGCGGGAGCGGGAGCAGCUGGCGGACCAGGUGCCAACUGCGGCCAGCAGGCCGGAGGGUUCGGCGGCUACUCUGGACCCACGGUCGAGGAGGUCGACUAAAGUCAAAGAAGUUAAUUUUUGUUCAUCAAUGGGCUUAUUUCUAAUUUAAUUUAAGUUUUUGAGACUGAUAAGAAUGUUUUGAUUCAAUGUUCUAAAUGAAAAUCAUAGUAUUAAUAGAAAACCCCAGUCUUAAGUUAGCAAUAAAUUGUCAUAGCAAAAUGGAAAAUAAAUUAUUUAUUUUAAAAGUUAAUUAAAAA